AUGAUCUUACAGCCAUUUUCGACUUUGGUAAAAGACCAGUCUGAUUUCAACUCCUCCUAUUCUCUCUCUCUGACUACACGUCCAGUUCAAGUCCAAUUAAGUCUUACUUUUUUACUUUUUAUCAUCUGUAUUAUUCGUGUCAAAGAGAGGAAGAAAUUAAAUUUAUACAAGAAGAUGACGACAAUGGAGAGUUUGAUUGGAUUGGUGAACAGGAUUCAGAGGGCCUGCACCGCCCUAGGUGACUACGGCGGUGGCGACCAGGCUUUUUCUUCUCUCUGGGACGCUCUUCCUUCCGUCGCAGUCGUUGGCGGCCAGAGUUCAGGGAAGUCUUCUGUGUUGGAGAGCAUAGUAGGACGAGAUUUCCUUCCUCGUGGCUCUGGUAUUGUUACAAGGCGACCACUAGUGUUGCAACUUCACAAGACAGAGGAAGGGCAGCAGGAAUAUGCGGAAUUUGGACAUAUGCAGAGGAGAAGAUUCACUGAUUUCGCCUUGGUUCGCAAGGAAAUUAGUGAUGAAACUGAUAGAAUCACAGGGAAGACAAAGCAGAUUUCUCCUGUUCCUAUUCACCUCAGUAUUUACUCCCCCAAUGUGGUCAACUUAACUCUAAUUGAUCUACCUGGUUUAACAAAAGUUGCUGUUGAGGGCCAACCAGAAAGUAUAGUCCAAGACAUUGAAACUAUGGUUCGAUCUUAUGUUGAGAAGCCCAACUGCAUCAUAUUGGCAAUAUCUCCGGCAAAUCAAGAUAUUGCAACAUCAGAUGCUAUUAAGCUUGCGAGGGAAGUGGAUCCGUCGGGUGAUCGUACAUUUGGAGUGCUGACAAAGCUAGAUCUGAUGGACAAAGGAACUAAUGCGUUGGAUGUUCUUGAAGGAAGAUCUUACCGUUUACAGCAUCCCUGGGUGGGUAUAGUGAAUCGUUCACAGUCAGAUAUCAAUAAAAACGUUGAUAUGAUUAUUGCAAGAAGAAAGGAGCGUGAGUAUUUUGCUACAAGUCCUGACUAUGGGCACUUGGCCAGUAAAAUGGGUUCAGAGUAUCUAGCAAAACUUCUCUCGAGGCACUUGGAAUCUGUAAUUAGGGCUCGAAUACCAAGUAUCACGUCAUUGAUUAACAAAAGCAUUGAUGAACUUGAAUCUGAGAUGGAUCACCUUGGAAGGCCUAUUGCUGUUGAUGCAGGGGCUCAAUUAUACACUAUAUUGGAACUUUGUCGCGCUUUUGACCGGAUAUUCAAGGAACAUCUGGAGGGAGGCCGUCCAGGUGGUGAUCGAAUUUAUGGAGUUUUUGACAAUCAGCUGCCAGCUGCUUUGAGAAAACUCCCAUUUGAUCGGCAUCUUUCUUUGCAAAAUGUGAGAAAAAUUGUUUCAGAAGCUGAUGGUUAUCAACCACACUUAAUUGCUCCUGAGCAAGGUUACCGACGGCUUAUUGAUGGAUCAUUAAAUUAUUUUAGGGGGCCUGCUGAAGCUUCUGUUGAUGCUGUUCACUUUGUCUUGAAGGAACUUGUGAGGAAGUCAAUUGGGGAGUGUCAGGAAUUAAAACGUUUUCCGACACUGCAAUCAACUAUAGCUGGAGCAGCCAAUGAAGCCUUGGAAAGGUUUCGUGAGGAAAGCAAGAAAACUGUCAUUAGAUUGGUUGACAUGGAAUCUUCAUAUUUGACUGUUGAUUUCUUCCGGAAACUUCCCCAGGAAGUUGAGAAAGUGGGAAAGCCGGGAAAUCCAGCAGCUGCCAAUACCAUCGAUCACAUCUCAGAGGGACACUUCAGGAGGAUAGCGUCAAAUGUGUCGUCUUAUAUAAAUAUGGUUUCUGAGACACUGAGAAACUCUAUUCCCAAGGCAGUGGUUUACUGUCAAGUGAAGGAGGCCAAACAGUGUUUACUCAAUUACUUUUACACACAAAUUGGGAAGAAAGAGGGUAAGCAAUUCGCGGACUUGUUGGACGAAGAUCCAGCCUUGAUGGAGAGGAGGCUGCAAUGUGCUAAAAGGCUUGAGCUCUACAAGAAAGCCAGGGAUGAAAUCGACUCUGUAUCAUGGGUUCGAUAA